AUGCAAACAGACUGGCAGGUUUUGUCUAGUCAAACCGUAGAGAGCAUAUUCAAGCUAGAAUCAACUGCCUGUGACCCUGUUGCUGCUCGCCUAAUUGACGAGACCGACGCUAGCUAUCUAUUCCAUUUGUUUUUCAGCACUCGUAAUCCUUUGUUGGGGUUGCUAGAUCCAGAGCUACAUACUCCUGAAUACGUCUAUACCUUGUCUUUUACCCUCUUCUCUGCCAUAUGCGCCCUAGGCUGCGCGAUCUCAUCGCGGCCUCGAGAUCGCGUAAUCUACGCCGCGUUGCUAUCAUUGGCGGAGGCGAACAUGAAAUGGUCUAUCGCCGUCUCUGUCAGAAGCCUAGAGACAAUACAGGCUAUUAUCCUUAUGCAAUAUUGGGCACCUAUGUGUACGAGACAUUCAUGCGACCCUGCCUGGUUGCAUUUGAGCCAUGUAAGAGAAGCCCUAAGGACAUCCGGAAACUCUUGUGCGAAUGUGAUGCUGACGGGGAUGUUCGGAAAGGCUGCUCAACUAGCUAGAGAGUUGGGGAUUUACGAAACCGAUAGAAUCGACAAGUACCUCGCGGCGUCCGUACCAGUAGCGGCUGAUGAGAAAAAGGAACGAUUCCGUCGGAACAUUGAGCGAACCUGGCUCUAUAUCUUCAUCGCCGAUAAGAGUUUUGGUCUUAUCAACGGACGUCGCCUGGGUGUCUCCUGGAAUGAGUUGCCGCCUGACGUAUAUGCCUGGUGGCAGAAUCCCAUGGCCACCGCCCACGACCGCAUGAUUAGCGGGAUUGUGGAGACCAGAGGCAUUCUGCUGGAUGCGCUCAAGGAAGGGAAAAACGGGGAUAUGACCUUGCUGUCCGUUUUCAAGUGGCACAGCCGGUGGUUCGAAACCUUGGAACAUGUGCGCGGCGUGAGGUGUACGCCCGAUGCUUCACCUUCAAGCGUUUACUUGCCACUCUUGGCUUUCUACAUGGAUCACAGCAUCUUGGUGCUUAAUGCUCAAGCAAUAGCGCAGUUGGCGAAACCAAAUGACGAGACGACAUCACCGGAACUCGAAGCAGUCUACCAAAAGACAGUCAAAGUGGCAACUAGAACGCUGAACAGUGUGCUAAACGAUCCUAUGAUGGUCAGUUUGCGACUGGGAUUUCACAAUAACCAAUACAUCAUGAUCUGCCAUGCUGUUGCGGAGGUCGUCCAAGCUACCAAGAAGAACCUCCUGUCGAUACAGGAGACCGCCGAUGCCGCCUCGUAUAUGAGAGCCAUACCAGAGCACCUAGACAAAAUUGCACAACAGCUUCCUGUCACAUCGUUAGCUCGGAUGUACGCAAGCCUUUCCCGCUGCUUGAUGCUUCAGCUUAACAAAGACAUCGUACCCGUGGGCGAACGAAGUGGAUCUAUUGUCAGCCUUUUUAAUUCUUCAUCUGCACCAUGGCGGUCUUGGGAGACAUCCCUCGACGGCUUCGAUCCGGCCUCUUUGAGUCUGGAGCAGAUGAUGCUCGACAUGGGCUGGGAUAUUCCUUUCGACGCAGAAAGUGACACUUUCUUGUUUCCUCAACAGGGGAUUUAA